AUGAGCAUUGACAACGUCUUGUUCAACAAGAAGAAAACGCUCAGCGUCAUCGUGGAGGAACGUCUACGUCAAGCGGCCGGCCAAACAUUGGCAGCGUGGGUUAUUGGCCAUGGGCCUAAGACUCCUAAGGAGGUGGUGAGCUGCCAGGCACUUCGUGAGAGGUUUCUGGAGCGGCGCCUAGCAACUCAAAGUCAAUCCAAGGCACGCCUUGACAUGCAAGCACGUGGUGCACCGGUUCCACCGAUCAAGGGUAUACCCAUUCUCUUGUUCUCAGGCGAAACAGUGAGCGAAGAAGACGAUGCCUUCGUUCACUGGGUGCACUAUGUGCGUCGCCUCAGCAACAUGUUUGCUCUAAGGGCUAGUGCCCAUGCGGCUGAUGUGCGUCUCGAACGCAAGCUUCGGUAUAAUUAUGCCAAGAUUAAGGCCAGAGGCCAAUUGCGCAAGCGCACGUGGCUAUGCUUCGGCUACUAA